AUGGGCUUCUGGAAAGAGCUCAUCCUCCAGCUUACUGCAGAGCUAGAGCAACGUCAGAUUUUAACACCGCAUCUGUCUUUUUUAGUCUGUUCACAGUUUUCCAGAGGAGUUUAUGCCAUCUUUGGAUUCUAUGACCAGAUGUCAAUGAACACGCUGACGUCAUUUUGUGGAGCCCUACAUACCUCCUUCGUCACACCCAGCUUCCCAACAGAUGCAGAUGUGCAGUUUGUCAUCCAGAUGCGGCCAGCCUUAAAAGGAGCCAUCUUGAGUCUCUUGACUCAUUAUAAGUGGGAAAAGUUUGUGUACCUCUAUGACACAGAACGGGGAUUUUCCAUUCUUCAGGCGAUCAUGGAAGCAGCAGUACAGAACAACUGGCAAGUGACAGCCAGAUCUGUAGGAAGCAUAAAGGAUGUUCAAGAGUUCAGAAGAAUUAUAGAGGAGAUGGACAGGCGGCAAGAAAAAAGAUACUUAAUUGACUGUGAAGUAGACAGAAUCAACACCAUUUUGGAACAGGUUGUAAUCCUCGGCAAACAUUCUAGAGGCUAUCACUACAUGUUGGCUAACCUGGGUUUCACAGACAUUGUUCUGGAGAGAGUAAUGCAUGGAGGUGCCAACGUUACUGGAUUCCAGAUUGUUAAUAAUGAAAACCCAAUGGUUCAACAGUUUCUACAACGCUGGGUGAGGCUCGAUGAGAGAGAAUUCCCUGAAGCCAAAAACUCACCAUUAAAGUAUACGUCUGCACUGACCCAUGAUGCAGUCCUAGUCAUAGCAGAGGCUUUCCGUUACCUCCGAAGACAGCGUGUGGAUGUCUCCAGGAGAGGUAGUGCUGGAGACUGCCUGGCUAACCCUGCAGUACCGUGGAGCCAAGGAAUUGAUAUAGAAAGAGCGCUGAAAAUGGUGCAAGUUCAAGGAAUGACAGGGAACAUCCAGUUCGACACCUACGGGCGGAGAACAAAUUACACGAUUGAUGUGUAUGAAAUGAAAGCCACUGGAUCACGGAAGGUUGGUUAUUGGAACGAAUAUGAAAGAUUUGUGCCAGCGUUAGAUCAGCUGCCCUCUAAUGACACCUCAUCUGUGGAGAACAGAACUAUAGUAGUCACUACCAUCUUGGAAUCACCAUAUGUAAUGUAUAAGAAAAACCAUGAACAACUAGAAGGGAAUGAGAGAUAUGAAGGAUAUUGUGUAGACUUAGCUUCUGAAAUAGCAAAACAUGUUGGAAUAAAAUACAAACUGUCAAUUGUUGGAGAUGGGAAAUAUGGAGCUAGGGACCCUGAGACUAAGAUAUGGAAUGGCAUGGUGGGUGAACUGGUCUAUGGGAGAGCAGAUAUAGCUGUUGCCCCCCUCACCAUAACUCUGGUGCGAGAAGAAGUCAUAGACUUUUCCAAACCCUUUAUGAGCCUGGGCAUCUCCAUCAUGAUCAAGAAGCCUCAGAAAUCUAAACCGGGCGUAUUCUCUUUCCUGGAUCCUUUGGCUUACGAAAUUUGGAUGUGUAUAGUCUUUGCUUACAUUGGCGUCAGCGUAGUUCUUUUCCUAGUCAGCAGAUUCAGCCCUUACGAAUGGCACUUGGAAGACAGCAGUGAAGAACCACGUGACCCUCAGAAUCCUCCCGACCCUCCAAAUGAGUUUGGAAUAUUUAACAGCCUUUGGUUUUCCCUGGGUGCCUUUAUGCAGCAAGGAUGCGAUAUUUCUCCAAGAUCUCUCUCAGGGCGAAUUGUUGGAGGAGUCUGGUGGUUCUUCACUCUCAUCAUUAUCUCUUCCUACACUGCUAAUCUUGCUGCCUUCCUUACGGUGGAGAGGAUGGUUUCUCCCAUAGAGAGCGCAGAGGAUCUGGCUAAGCAAACCGAAAUAGCCUAUGGCACUUUGGAUUCAGGCUCAACCAAAGAAUUCUUUAGAGUAAGUCUGUUAAAUCUCCAUUAG